GAAACGCGACGCUUGCGCCAUUGUGUUGUCUGUGCUAUCGUCGUCCGUCGCGCGCGCAACUGUCACGCUUCAAACACAUUCCAAAUUCAAAUCUAGUUCGUUUUUUAAUACCAGCCAAUACCCAGGAUUAAGAGAAACUCCGUGAAGUGCCAGUGUUAGACCUAAUAGUGAGUGCUUGGGAAAUUCUCUCACACAUGACGUGUAACGGUGUGUGACAGUCUAACGACUUGCUAAAAUCCAAUAAUUAGUGUUAGUGUAUCUUGGGAACCUUGUGCCGGAAUUUUAACGGACUGGUCUUUGCAGAGAUACAAACGCGAUAUUUGCAAGUCUUUUUGUGAUUUAAGAGAAAUGUCUCGGUGGAAGGGCAAAGUAAGGUAGCUGGCAGAUGGCAGCUGUAAGUGCGGCGAUGUUUCGUCCCGGGGGUGGACUCGACCCCCCAUGCUACGCAUCUCAGAGGGUUUAUGAAACACCAGAAUCGACGCGUUCGAAGAAAUGGUCUUCCAAAUUGAAACUUAAUACAUCAGGCAGUAGCAAAUCUUCUGAAAAGUCCCCAGAAAGUCCUUAUUUAUAUGGAACUAUAAGUGGACCGGGGGGUUCAUCGUUAUCAAAAUCAAUGAAAUAUGCUGAGACUUGGCUUUAUGGGUCUGUUAGGGCCCAAACGCCUCCUGUUAGAUCUAAUAUUUUUACAUCCUAUCCUGAAUCUCCAGGACCUGUCUUAAUCAGCACACCUCAAAAACCUACACCACAUAACUAUGCAGUUAUUUUAUGUUCCUGUCCAGAAUAUCUCAAUGGUACAAAAAAGUCCAGCUCAACCAAAGUCAGUAUAUGUAAGAAAUGCAAAGGAUCUCGUUUGCCACUAACUAUAACCGAUAGUCCUCGGUUACUAGUUGGUGGAACUGUUAGGGGUCCUCAGAUCAAUCGAGAUGCUGGCUUAAUGAGGGCAGGAACGGUCCGAGUUCAAGGUACUAAAUCAAGACCGACUAUACUUAAACCAAAUGGAGAUUCCGAUCCUUAUGAUUUGAUGCGCCGUAGCCGAUUGGCACCACCUCACGAAACUCGUAUAGGCAGCCAAUUUUCUACAUCACGAUCACGUGCAAAAAGUAUAAGUCCUUGUCGUAUAAAAAAUAAAAAACCAAGUCCAGAAAGUAUAUCCAAAAUUAGAAGUAAGUCAGUUAGCCGUGUCAAUGAAAUCUGGGUUGAAGAAGAAGAGCAUGUACUCGAAAACAAAAAGUCUAUUUUGUCUUGUGACAUAAACCCUUAUGAUUUAGUGAAAUGUUCAAGUGAUUCAACAAAUAAUUUAUCUGUGGAUUUUGAUGAAGAUUUUAAUCAAGAAUAUAAUGUGAAUCCUCGAAAAAAUGUUUUAAACUACAAUAAUUCAAAUUCAGAUGGUAACGUAAAAAAUAUAAGUGGCCAACGAAUACGUAUUUCAAAUGAAUCUAAUUCAACAAAUAUAAAUGAAUCAUCUGUGUAUGAUCCUGUCAAUUUUGAUCUCAAAAACUAUGAUUUUAAGUCAUCAAACAUGUCAUCGGCAUUAAUAUUACCGAAUAUUAAGAAUGAAAAUACAAAUUUAGGUACCAUAGGCAAGUCUAGUAGUAAGAAAAUUUUAAAUGCAACUACAAAUCGUGCAAAACAAAAAAACCCCUCACCAAAACGUCCCCCAAGAAGAAUGAGAAAUAUUAAAACGGACGAGGAUAGUGAGAGUGACACACAAAGACUCCCUGAAAAAAACUACAGUAAAAAGAUAUCAAAUGAGAAUGUUCGUUAUACAAGAAAUAGAAAUCAAAAACCCGAUGCCAUAAAAUCCAUUCUAAAAAAGCCUAAAAAUUAUGAUUCAAAUAAUUCUUUGUUCAAAACAGAGACAUCAGAUGAUUCGUUUGAUAAUAAGUCUGUAAAUAAUUCUCAGUUCUAUCUUCCAAAGCCUAAAGAUAAAAACACAUUCAAAUCGAAAAACACUUUAAAUCGAAAACGAGUACAAUUCCAAGUUGAAAAUGAAAUCACAAAGGUUAUUUAUACAGCCGAGUUGAACCUUCAAGAUAUUGGUACUGUUUCGAAUACGAGUAAGAAAAACGAAGAGCCAUUACCAAAAGGUGAUAUUUUAAGCAAAGCCUUACAAGAAUCUCUAACAGAUGACAAAGAAAUUCUCGAAAGAAAUAUAAUAAAUGAAAAAGACAAUCGUAAAAUAAAUACCAAUGAUGAAGAAAAUUCUAUGUCGUUAAAUAAUUUAGCACCUAUCAUCGAAAAAGAAGAAAUUAAGAUAGAUGUUGUGGAAGUUAAUACUUUACCAGAUAACAAUUUACCGAAAGUACCGAUACUACGACGUUCUGAAUCGGAAAGGUUGACUUCAACGAUAACGAUAUCACCGCCCAAAUUUAUGGAUACAAUGGCCUUGAGAUCUAGAUCUAAACAUGGCCAUACUAGCCAAGUCUUUUUGGAGUCACCUUCUGAAGCUCCUAUCGUAUCAAAUAUAAGUAGUACAAAAGCUGUUAAUAAUGAUGCUUGUGAGACGAGUGCUAGUAUGGAUAAUGAAUCCGGAAACUUAAGCGAUAGCAGUGAGAUAACCAAAAAUGUUCUAAGAAAUUUGCGAUGUGCUGUGUCACAAUUACCAGAGCCUCCACCGAGACUAAAAUCUAAGUCAAAGAGACAGAAUUACGUUAAAACGAGAUUUAUACGAAAGAAUUCUUGUAGUUCGACAAGCGAUGAAUGGUCAGACUCAAAUGACGGUGAACAAAGAACAGUUUUACGAGUCAAACAAUUUGAUUCUGAUGAAGAACAGAUCAAACAAGUGGCAAGCUUACAAAAAAUGCCUGAAAAUGAGCCAAGAAAAACAUCAAUACAAAUAAACGGAAACGAAUGUUAUUCUACAAUGAAUGUCAAUAGUGACACUCCAAUUUAUUUAUCUUCAGUUGUUGUUAAUGAUGAUUCUAGUAAGUCCUGUGCUUCUUAUCAAUCAGGUACUACCGUUACAAUAAGUGUUGGAUCAUCUUCAAGCGAGGUAAAAAAUUUAAAAAGUCAAGUUUACCUAGGGGCAAUUUUUUCUAACGAAUGCGAUAAGGUUGAAGAUGGUAACACCUAUGAAGAAUAUUUCAAUGAAAAUAGUACACUUAAUAAUUCCAAUAACAUGUCGUCUAUUCUAAAUGAUCCCGUUGAGGCCAUCAAGCGUAACUUAAUACCACAUGUCUGUGGCAAAAAGGAUGAUAUUGUUUCACAAGCUACUAUUAAUCUUGCAGUCCGUAGCAAAGAAGAUGAGAGUAAACAAAAUGCAGAUAGUGGAACUCUCGUGCCUAAGCUUUUUGAUGACCCAUUCUUUGCUCAUUUAGCGGAGGGCCUUGACUCUGAUUUAGUGAAGAAAUUGAUUGAAAAUUCAUUAAUAAAACUCCAGGAAACAAAGAAUCAAGAUCAAAGUAAUAAAAUGACCAUUGAAAAACUCAUAGAAUGCUCUCUUAUAAAUAUGAAAGAAGAAAUGAACAAAACAGGAGAAUCGUCUAAUAAUAAUAAAGACCAAACUAAUGACAACCCUGUUAGUAACAAUAAUUUGGUUGCUACAUCUGUUUACCCGCAGAAUGAUAUUAAUGUCUGCUCUGCUCCCUAUGAAAGUAUGGAGUAUGAAAGCGGUGCAACAGGAGUAUUUUCAGAUUUGGAACCUAUGUCAGACUGUUACAAUGCGUCUGCAAGCGAAUUGUCAACAGAAGAUGAUACAAAUUCAACAAGGUCUAAAUUUUAUCAGAUGUUGGUAGAUGCGGCAAUUUGCGACAUAGAAACUGCAAAUAACACUGAUGAAGAUCAUCACUAUGAAUCCAUACGUUUGAAUAGUGAUCCAAUUUAUGAAGAAAUAGGAGAUAUGCCACCACCUUUACCUGUUAACCCACCACCAAAUUCAUUAUCAAUGAUAGAUGAUGAAAAACGUAGCGGAUCCCGUUCAAUAUUUGAAGGGGCUUCUAAGUAUGAUAUUUUAUCAUAUUUAGUCGAUGCUAAGGAAAGGGGAAUAGACGAUGAAGAGACUUAUAUUACCCACUUUGAUAACUCGCAAGAAACACAAGUUCUGGAUAAAAAUGAAAAAAACUUAAAGGAUGACAUCAAAUCUCAUUUAGGAGUAGAAAGAAACACGAGUCAAAUAUCUCACACAUCUGAUUCUAGUGAAGAUAAUUCUCUUAUAAUUAAUAAUGAGAUAGUUGAAAAACCUAUCGUUUGUAAAAAGCCAUCUGUUGAGAUAGAGCGGAAUGAUUCUGGUGUGGGUUCAGAAACCAGUAAGUCCUCAAGAAGUCGAUUACAAGGGAAAAAUUCUCCUAGAAAUUCUAUUAGCGACAAAGAUACGCCUAUACACUUGUGCGAAGAUUGCGACACGGCAGUUGAGACGCAAAUUACUGAAGAAGGAUCUAUAUAUGCACCUCUUGUCUGUAGAAAAUGUGCCAAAAAACGGGCGGAAAGAAAAGAGAUAAUAACAGAAAUUGUGGAAACUGAAGAAAAAUAUGGACGUGAUCUCCAAAUUAUACUGGAAGAGUUUUAUAAACCAAUGCUGGUCGCUGGUUUACUUACCCAGGAGCAGCUAAGUGCGAUAUUUUUGAACGUUGAAGAACUAAUCGAUAAUAACCAGGUUUUGUCGGAAAAGUUGAGAGACGCUCUUGAGAUAGCUGUUGAACAGGGUGAUGAGGACUUAUUGACAGUAAAUGUUGGGAAAAUUCUACUGGAAUGUUCCGGAAUUUUGACAGCGUUUCAGUCAUAUUGUGUCAAACAAGCAGGUGCGGCACUACUUCUAGCAGGGCUGGAAAAGGAAAAAGAAUUAUUGAGAAUAUUUUUACGUGUUUCUCAAAUGGAAAACACCGUAUUGAGAAGAAUGAACCUCAAUUCAUUUCUUAUGGUUCCUGUUCAGCGAGUAACAAAAUAUCCACUUCUUCUCUCGCGGCUGUAUCGUGCAACUGCUUCCUGCGCAUCGGAGAGGGAGGAUGUAAAAAGCGCUCAACGUUGCGUUGAGUCGAGACUCGAGGAAAUCAACGCAGCGGCGGCGGCAGCUGCUGCAGCAGCAAGGGACGUUCCUCUUUGGCGAAGGCUGGCAGCAGCAAGACGAACAGCACAUGACCUGCAUGUAGCUGAUAUAAGGCUCAGAAAAAUGGCUGUUGACGUUUUGGAUUGGAAUCAUGAUGACGCUAGGUUUGCAAUGGAGGGAAAGCUACUGUUCACUCAGCCGAACGACAACAAUUGGCGCAAGGGUCGCACUAUUAAAUUGAUUUCUAUUAACGCUCUUUUGGUAACUAAUGGAAAGCCAACGAAUACGCACAAAACGAACGAAAUACGGGAAACGAGAGAAGCGAGAGAUCGCGAGGCGAGGGAGAAGGAAGGAGAAGCUCUCUUCGCUCGGAGUGGAGUUAGAGAAGCAGCACUACUGCUAGUGAGAGAGAAGGCAGGACGAUACACGCUACAGCGGGAACCUCUGUUCUUGGAUCGCUGUGUCGUUGCCGCGGAUCACGAGCCGGAGCACUUCUUUGAAGUUCAUGAAAUUACUACGAAGGAUUCAUUUAUUUUUAAGUCUGAGGAGAGUUCACGCACGCGCACUUGGUACAGACAGCUUCAAUACCACGCACAAGGUGCUGGAGCCUGGCGCAAAAGACGAAACGCCUUAGCCAACAUCAUGAUUAACCCCAUGCUAACGAGAAACUAACAUGCAGAUGUCAUCCCCACCUAACAUAGAUGAUAUUAAUGUUGCAUUUCAUAAAAGUGCAAAUUUUGUUAUUUAAAUAUAUUACGUUUAAAUAAUUAAUUCUUCAAACUCCCAAAAUCGCUGUUAGUUAAACAAGAUAUGUUUCCUUUAUGUUUUAUAUCUUCAAAUAUUUUACUAAGCAUUCCUAAUUAUUAUUAUUAUUGUAAAAAUAUUUGCCACUAGAUAAGUUAGCAUAUACCAAAAUUUCAUAUUUGCCCUGUUAUAUUUAAACAUUUGUAAAUAAAUUAUUGUAAUAACUGUGAUAUACUGACAUAACGGAAUCUCGAAACAAAGUUAUGCCUAAGAGCCUUUUAUUUGCAAUUGUUGUUUUAGAAAGGGAACCGAAAUGAUAUUAUUGUAAUAAGAAAUAUAAUUCUGAACAUCAAAAGCUUCCUGACUAGUCUUAAGAUAUAUUUAAAAAAAAAUAAAAAAAUAUUAAAAAUAGUUGUAUUUAUUGUAUGUAUUGUAAGUAGCUUAUACUAUUUUUUGCAUAAAGAUAUAAAGUAUAUGUAGAUUUGUCUUUUAAUAUUGUUUUAAGUAUAUGUGAGGAAAAUGGAAAUAAAUUAAAUAUUAAUCAAA